AAACUUUUGUUGUUUUCCCUAUGAUUUCCCGGGUUGAGAGAUUGGUGUGAAUACAUUCCAUUUAAACUGUGCAUAAAGCCGUCCUAUGUGACUAUAAACAAUCUAAAAAUAACUGCAUGUAAUAACUGUAUGAAAACGAGUUUAUAAAUAUUUUAGACGAAUUGAAUACGUCGAAUUCAGCGACCUGGCAACCCUCGCCUACACAUGAUCUUCCUUGUUUUCCAACAUGGUAGUCUCGAGCUAAAAGAAGGAAUCAUAUCCAAAACUUUUACAGUAUAUAACAGGUUUUAGAGGAUCUUGCACAAAAAAAAACGGUUUUAUUUGAGUCUUUAUUGCAGGAUUAUUGUUGGAAUAAGAUGCUGACGCCUCUUCUGGAUUUUCAGACUCGUUUAGCUGAUAUCAUGGACACAUUGGCCAAAACGGCGGUGUUAGAGAUCAGUAAACUUGUGGAGCUGGAAUGUAAAAUCCUCUUGUCUGAGGUAACCCGAGGUCAACACGAGGUCGACUUCCUGAGGAAAAGACUGCAGCUGAUGGAGAAACACAUGUCAACAAAUAAUACAACUCAGGGUGGAAACACUGGAAAAUCAACCCUGUUUACAUCAGUACAGGAGCACAGCUCCAGAGCAGAGAACCACAGCUCCAGAGCAGAGAACCACAGCUCCAGAGCAGAGAACCACAGCUCCAGAGCAGAGAAACAAAGCUCCAGAGCAGAGAAACAAAGCUCCAGAGCAGAGAACAACUCCAGAGCUGAGAACCUCAGCCCCAGACCACAGAACUACUUCUCCAGAACAGAGAGCCAGUCUUGUAUUAAAAGAGAGUGUGAGCUGGAAGAGUUCAGCAGAGGAGACGAUCUGAUCGAUGCCACUGGGACCACUGAAUAUGGCCAUCAGCAUCACAGAGAAAAACAGACUUCUGAAGUGAAGAUUAAACAAGACGAGUUCUGGGAUGAUGAAUUUAGGGGACAGAAAACGAGAGACGAAGUGAACAGCACUGAGGAAACAUCCAGCAGACAUCUCAGUGAUGAAUGUGCUGACAGACAGAAUCAGGCUGUGAACACUGCAUUUUCAGCUCAUUCAGAAGACCGAAGCUGUUUUGAAAAUAGCUUUCAUGCUCCUGAAGGAUCAGAGAAUGAACCUACACAUUUGUAUCCCGUCCCGAAGCCCGUCAGGAGACGUGUGGCCUCCAGAUUUGAGGAGGAGAAGCGAUUCGCCUGUCCUCUCUGUGCAAAGUGCUUCAAGUGUUUCAGUCAGCUGGAAAUACACAAGCGGAGUCACACAGGUGAGAAGCCGUACAGGUGCAUGCUGUGCGGUAAGAGGUAUGCACAGAAAGGUCACCUGUACACACACCAGCGCACACACACUGGAGAGAAGCCAUACCGCUGCAUGCAUUGCGGCAAAGCGUUCAUCCAGAAGUGUUCUCUGGACAUGCACCAGAGGACUCACACAGGAGAGAAACCCUUCAUCUGUGUCAAAUGUGGGAAAGGCUUUACCAAGAAAUUCAAUCUGAACAAACAUCUGGCUGUACAUUCAGAGGUCACAUCUGGCUUCAGUGAUCUGAGUGGCAGAACUGUGAACGGACCUGAGCUCCGUUCUCCAAACGUCUAAUUUUAUUUGACAUCCUGACCUUCAACAACACUUUAACAUGCUAGCUAACUUUUGUUAAAAUGACCUUGUACAUAGUUGUUUAAGAGAAUGUUUUAUUCCGCUAAGUAAUUUUAUCUAGCUAAUGAGCACAAACUUGUGCUAGCAACCUGUGGAAAGGGAAAUGGCUAAUAAAUAGCUCAUGUUACCUAGCUAAUAUUAACACAUGAUCAGACCAUUCCUAUAAUAUUAGCUAACUAACAUGAUCUAGCAAACCAAUUGCUACUGUAAUAGAUAAGCUACAGAUCUAGCAUGAACUAAAACAGCUAAUUCACAGCUUUGUUAUCUAGCAAACUAACAUUAAGUGAGGGUACGGUUAUUUUAAAAUAAGUUAAAUAGGUAAAAAGUUGUUACCUAGCAUUACCUUACAGUACAAGCAGUGGCUUCAUACAUUAAUUUUAGUUCUUAGUUAUUGUUAGUUAGGUGAUAUGAAUGUUGUUAUCUAGCUAACUAACAUUAACUGAAACAGCAACUUAAUUUUUGGCAAGAUCAUUUAUUAUCACAAGUGUUACAAGAGUCACAAGUUAGUUGGACUGUAUUGCUGUGCUAGAUAAGCACAGAUAAGUUUUAGACACCUAAAACACCUUACCACAAUUUGCUGUUUCAGUUCAGGUGAAUUAGGUGACUUUAGCAUUGUUUUCUAGCUAAUUAGCACUGCUUGAUAACUAUUGCUAGCUAAAUAACUGUCGCUUAACUAUCUUCAUAUUUAAUGAUUCUAUGUGAAAUUGAUAAAACUUUGACAUUAAGUUUCCGAAUUUAGCCUUUUUUUUCUAGUAAGAUAUUUGUAAGGAUAAAAAAUCUUAAGUUGCCAACCAAGCUCUUUUUUAACAACUAAAAUUCAGUGACAUGUUUAAAUAUAAAUUUAGUAACAUGUUUAAAUAUAACUAUGCCCCAAACAUUAUUUUGUGAAAUGUUUUAUUUAAAAAUUCAAACAUUAAACAAAUUAAUAGAUGACUUGUCUAUUGUUAGCUAGCCAACACAAUGAGAACCACCAUUUGUACACCAACUGUACAAUCUGGGGGUGGGGGGAGAGAAGUAUAUUAAAAAUGUCAAAACAGUGUGGAGGGUCAUUUACAAGAAACAAAAUACACAAUCCCCUAAUAUUUUUGGAACAUACAUCAUCAUUUAUAUUUUAUAGAAAUUGUAUGUACUGUAAAUACACACCGAAUGAAACAUAUAGUGUACAUACAUGUGUUUAUACAUUUUAUGUGAGUAUAUGUAAAACUAGAAAUGAAGUAAAAAGCAAAGUCCUUUUUAAAAACGUAUAUUUAUUUAGAUUUAUUUAUAUAAAACUUAUUAAUAUUGCUUUAUCCAUUCGUUCAUUUGUUUAUUUAUUUAUCCAUAAUAAAACCAUAUUUCCCAAAAACAUCUUAAUUUAAAAAAAAGAAUAAAGACUUAAUAAUU